CUUUUUUCUGUUUUCAUCAGUGGCAUCUCAGGCUGGUGACAGAAGCUGUCGACACUGUGGAGUUGGACUUGAGCUCUGUGCUUUAUAAAUGUGUAUGGUUAUAUUUGCUCCGAUUUUUGCCAUCUGUGCUUUUGCAACAUGUGGAGGAUACCAUGGUCGUCUCCAGGUCAAAGUGGACUGUGCAGACAGGAGGCAGAGUAACCACAGCAUCAACAUUGACUUUGGUUAUCCUUUCCGGCUACAACAAAUGCAUUUCAAAGCGACCCUGUGCGAGGCGAAAAGAGACGAGGUUCUGUUCCUGGACGGCGACUUCUCCUCAGCUGCUCAGUUUUUCGUCACUGUGGGCGUCUUUGCUUUCCUGUACUCUCUGCUGGCAACCGUCGUCUAUGUAUUCUACCAGAACAAGUACCUACAGAACAACAGAGGCCCGUUUGUGGAUUUUGUUGUUACUGUCAUCUUCUCCAUCAUGUGGCUGGUCAGCAGCUGUUGUUGGGCCAAAUCUCUUGCUGAUCUCAAGACGGCCACAGACCCAACGCAGGUGCUUCUGCUCAUCUCCGCCUGCAGAGCUCAGGAAAACACAUGUUCAGCUACCCAAGAGCCUCCCUGGUCACGACUCAAUGCCUCUGCGGUUUUUGGAUUUAUUAACGUAGUCCUCUGGGUUGGAGAUAUUUGGUUUGUCUUCAAAGAGACAGGCUGGUACAAAACAGGUCAGAGAUACCCGACCAGGAGUGCCUCCGGGAAACGUUCUGGUGAAAUGCGACAGCGGCUCUACAGCGAGAGCAGCUUCGACCGGCCACAGGAGAGUUUAGGUCCACAGUUCUCCAGACAAGACAGUGUGAAUCGGUCAAAGGGGGAGUUUGGUCCGCAGAUCCACAGGCAAGCUAGCCUCAACCAGUCUCAUGUAAGCUUCAGUUUACCACAGACGUAUCUUGGUAAACCGGUAACUUAUGACAGGGAGAAUAAAGUGGCCUCUCAAGGGCCGAUGAUAAUUGUCAAUGAGAUGUGAUUUUACCUGGUGUUUGACAGUACUAUCUACAAUUAACAGAAUGUUGACAUACAUAGCAUUUACUAUGUAAUAUAUUUUUUUCUUUUGAUUUUUGUCUACUCCCUCUGGAUAAAUUGAUGAUGAUGCAAGUUGUGCUACAGUAUGAAAUUGAAAGCACUGCAGGGGAGAUGCAGAUGUUUAAAGAACACGUAUAUAUGCGUGUUCUUUAAACUGUAUAUAUACGAUAUAGUAUGUUUGUCCAGCCACAGUUUCAUAAUGAUACAAACAUCUUUUAUACAUACCAUAUAAGAUAUCUGAAGUAGUGUUUUGCACUGUUGCUUCAUUGUAGAGCUGUGUGCAGUGCUCUUGCCUCGCGCUCGGUCUCUAUCGUUCUCUCUCUCGCUCUCUCGAUCAUCAGCAGCGCUAGGAGAAAUCCCGCUCGCAUUGGUGUCCCGUUAAAUAAAUCGAUAAAAAUUUUACAAUUCUCAGCGUGCAGGCAGGAGUCAGCAUAAACUCGGUUGACACCGCUUUCAGGGUGCGCGUUCACGUGACUUGCAUACAUUUCUCAGCAGGCAGAAAGACGUCAUAUUAACAUCGGCCCUGCUCUGUAAGUCUGCGCCGUCUCACACACAAACACGCACACACAAGCACACACGAUUAUGUGUGCAUGCGAAAACGAUACCCUGCUUCUUUAAUGAAGAAAUUUAAAGUCAUACAAAUCAUUACUUGAGGGUCUGAGACUAUUUGAUUUCCAUUUUUUAAAUUUGCAAAUUGAUCUUUGCAGACAAUGCUGUGUGUGUGGUCACUGCAGUGAAACCAAUAUAAAAAAGAGUAGAAAGAAAGAGAAGAAAAGUUAGGUCUGAUGAAUGGAUCAGUUGUUACAUGCUCAAUUGUAAGAAAAAAAUAAGCAAAGUGAAAGCAAGUUACCUUUGGGGGUUAAGAAAUGCUGUAACCUUUAAAUGCAAUCAUAUGAUUUCAAAUUAUACAGCUAAUAUCUGUGAAGGAACAAACAGUUGCUUCCACAGACCAACAUUCUCUGUUGUGAUACAUGGUUUGUUCGAUUUACUCAUAGAUUGAUGUAAAAAUGUAUUUGCAGCUCAAAGUUUUAAAACAGAUUAAAAGUAAAGAUUGCAGCUUACAUAUAAAUUAAGAUGAAUGCAAUUACUGAUGGGUACAUACAUUCAAUUUUUCUUUCUAAUGAUCCAUUGUUGUUAGUUAGUCCUAGGUGCAAGUCCACCAUGGCUACAACCAUUAAGUACAUGAAUUCACAGGAUAAAAAUCAUUAUAGAUCAAUAUUUACCAGUAUGAAGUAGCAUUUACUGUAUACAACAGAUUUAAUAGUUACACCGCCAAAAUGCCGAAUGUAAUUAACAAUAAUACACUGUGAAAAAAUAACUAUAACUGAACAUGAUACUGGAAUAUGAUGAAAGAACACACAGUGUAAGUGUUGUAUUCUGCAAAUAUGAGGGAUGUUUUUUAAUUUUAUAAUUUAUGUUUUAAUUUAUUUUAGCUUUAAAUGUGAUAAAAUAAAAUAACAUUCAAUUAAAUUAAAUUAGAUAUAAAAUAUAUAAUGGUAAUAUUUUUUCCUUUUCCUUGUAUUUUCUCUUGUCAAAAUAGUUUUAUGAAUAAGUUUAACAUAUUUUGAUCUAUACUAUAUGUUUGAUGGGAAAAUGUGUGUGGUAAAAGUACAGGACUAAAUCUAACAAAUGUGCUGGUGCUCUCUCUAUUCAUAUUUAACUGUUGAUUGUAUCUUACAGUAUAUUCAUUUUUUCAUUAUUGAUGGAUUUACUUUGAUAAUAACCAAUGUGGAACUACGGUAGCUUUGUAUGUCCUUUCUUUUUAAAAUGAUAAUAGAUGCAGUUCAUGUUGACUUUUUGUUAUUUUGCAUGUGAAUACAUGUGUACACUUUAUCAUACUUGUGUUAAAGCUAAAAAAAAUUGUCUCCUGAAAGCACAUAUUCUAUAGUAAUCAAACUACUGUAAGAUGCAUAGUUUGGAUGUGGAAAAUGUUGUAGCGCUCUUGUUGCAUAUAAUCCAUCUCAUUCUUAUACCCUCACUAGCACAGUCCUCUGCAAUAUAUUGAUCAUUAAAGCUA